AUGAGUGAGCAGCGACACCUGCUCAGGAUGUACCGGCACAUGUUUUAUUCCGCGAUGUUGCUCCUCCCCUCCAUGCUGUUGAUGUGCAGUUGCGGGGCUGUGAACGCUGCGAAGGCGAGUGGGUCACAACCGAUUGCUCUCUUCAAAGUGGGAGAAACACGAUUAUCUGCUUCCGUGGGGAACGAGGCUGCAUCGGGAGAUAAUGACGUCAAGGCGUUUAACGGACAUUCCCUUGUUGAGGUCGGUGGUUUAAUGAUGGCCCUCGCCAAAGCGAACUUCCGCAGGGCUGGCGAUCCCAAUGUUGGCAUGUGGGAAAAGCACGUCAGCGCUACGGGUGACGGAUGGGCGAGGCAAGUUGUUGCGCAGGAUAAAACGGGUUGGUGGACGGGUAUUGCCGUGAAGCAACGUGGGGAAGCGUACUGCAGGUCCCAAUUGGGUGGCCCCAAGGCCGUGGCUAAGAGAAAUAAAAUAUUUCUGCUCUUGGAGCACCUUCGUGCGACAUGUGUGAGGGCGACUGCAAGCCAGGCAACUUUUGAUCUUGAGCUGUUUGUUGGCACUGUUGGGGAGCCCACAGCUAAAGGCGAACCAAUCGUGUGGAGUGCUGGGAACUUAACAAAUGCUGCAGUUACUGCCCACCUGAAAAAGGAGAAAUGGAUUAAAUUUUGGGGAAGUAACGGCAGGGGCGUGUUGCUGCGUGACGGCACGAUUGUGUUUCCUCUGGUGGCUGUGAAGACGAACGAUAAAAAAGAAGUCUGCACCAUUAUUUCUUCAAACGACGAUGGUCACACCUGGAAUUUCCCUGUGAAGGGCUUUGUUGAGGACUGCUCCGAUCCCAACCUCUUCGAGUGGGAGGGGAAGCUGCUCAUGGUCGCCACGCACGCAACGUAUCGCAAGAAGGUGCAUGCGUCCAGUGACGUGGGAGAGACAUGGACGGAACUGGGCGGCAUGCAUUCGAACGUCCUGAGUGAGGCUGUGAAGGCUGCGCCAUCUGGCGGUCGGGUUGACAUCUUGACUGCAUCCAUCGAGGGAAGGAAAGUAGUACUGUUUACUCUGCACGACCAGUUUGAUGGUAUGAGAAAGACGAACGCGUUGCAUCUUUACAUGACGGAUAUGGCUCGGUUUUAUCCUGUUGGGCCGAUCUCUGCUGAUGGUGCUGUGAAGACCUCCGGAAGUCUUCUGUACGUCAAUGGUGAAUUGUUUGCUCUGCACGAGCAGCAAGCAGAUAAGGGCGCGGUUGUUUUAACGCACCUCUCUGCGCAGCUGGCGGAAAUAAAGCGUGUGCUGAGGACUUGGGAUGCCGUUGACAAGGAGGUUGCACUACUUUGCAACUCCGCCAGCAAGGAAGAAGCUGCACCCAGCAACGCCUGCGGCACGGCGGCGCUCACGGCCGGGCUGGUUGGCUUUUUGUCUAGUGGGGGUGACAAUAAUAACUGGGUGAAUGAGUACCUCGGGCUGAAUGCCUCUUUGACGGGUGCAGAGCGGGCUGACGCUGGCGUGGUGUUCAAGAGAACUGCCGCAGAAGGGGUAUGGCGUGUGGGGAAUCGAUGGCAGAACCAGCGUUUCCACUUUGUGAACGACAACUUCACGCUUGUGGCGACGGUCGUCAUCCAAAGUCGGCCGUCCGGUGCUGGUCCUAUUUCUUUGCUGGGGGCACGCGGUCCCGGAGACGCGAAGCUGAUGGAGCUGUCGUACACCCCGGACCACAAAUGGGUGACGACGUUCAACGCGGCUACGAACCACGUGCCCGACAAAACUUGGGAACUAAAUAAGGCGUACCAAUUGGCUCUCGUGCUGCACGACGGCAGUGGCUCCAUGUACGCCGACGCCCAGCCGCUGGGGAGCCCGGUGCAGCUGCCAAUGGCCGGAGAGGCGGGUCGCGAUGUGUCAGAAUUCUACUUUCUGGGCACCGGCAACAGCCAAGUUGCGGUGCGGAAUGUGCUGCUGUAUAACCGUCCGCUGACCGCCGCGGAACUGCAGGUAUUCCUUCAGCGUGACGGGCAGACUGGGGCGGGUUCACAGAAAAGGGAGGAAGGGAGUCCGAGCACCGAGAAUUCCGCUGCAGCUGCAUCAGCGGAGGCUCUUGGCGUUGACGGCGCCGCCGCUUCAGCUUCAGGUCCAAGGAAAGAAACGUCUUCGCCCUCGCCUGCCAAGGCGGAGUCCGGUGCUGGAAACACUGCCAGUGGUGCAGCCGCCCCUUCGCCAGUAAAAGGAAUCGGUGACAGAGCUAUGCGUACGCGCGCGUCGGCGGUGUUGCUGCUUUUCCUGGGCCUGUGGGGCAUCGCAGCUCUUUGCUGA